GAGACAUGAAAACAAAACUAAUAUGGCUCCUACUAACAAUAUACCACAUACGUUAAAACAAUCAUUAUUAGCCAAUAAGAAACAAGAUCCAUUAUGCAUUGAUUAUCCUAUGUUAGCUGAUAUUUUACCGAAACCGCCCGAAUUACCUGUACCAAAUGAACCGAAUUUUAUUCCAAAUGAAUUAUAUGAUUUGACAAUCGGUAAAUAUCACAAUGGUAUGAAACGUUGCAUCGAUGUUUAUUCACAGACAGAUAUUACUGAAUUAUUUGAAUUAAAUGAAUUAAAAAAUAAAUUGAACAAUUUAAUACUACUUAUUAAUGAAUAUCCAAAACAAAUAAAUCAAAUUAAAAAUACAUUAAAUUAUCAAAUGAAAUUAAUUAUUGAAGAGAUUAGUUUAAAUAUCUAUGAAAUUAUGAAAUCACGUAUAGAUAAUUUAUCGAAAUCAUAUGAUAAAUCUAUUGAACAUAUUCGUGGUUCAUGUAGAACACAAUUAGCUAAUACAAUCUCUGUAUUAAAUGGAUUACUCAAUACUGCUAAACGACAUGAUGGAACUUUAAUUGAAAAUUCACUUCGUAAGCGAAUUGUGGAAUUAGAAACUGUCUUACAACAAAAUGAAUUAGAUAUGAAAUGUCUACAAGAAAAGUUCAAAGAACUGGAAGACAAAUACGACUCAUUAAAUCUUGAAAUGCCAAAUAUUGUUAUUUCAAGGAGUUCCUCAGUGGAAUUAAUACCAACACGAGCCAUUCCACCUGUUUCUGUUGUACUAGUUCAUGAAGACAAAUCCGUACAAGUCGAUUCUUUUGAUAAAAAGAAGGAGUCACUGGAGAAAGAAAUAAAAAGUCUAUUAGAGCAGAUUGAGGUUCUUAAAUCUGCUUUAAGUGCUGUCCAAUCACAAGUAAGGUCAUUGACAGAACAACGUGACCAAUCAGAACAAAAGGUUAAUGGAUUAAAUAAUCAAUUGAAUGAAUUUAAAACAAAUUAUGUUAAAUUAGAAAAACAAUUACUUGAUAAAACGAAUGAAUUAACAAUGUAUAAACAGAAAGUAACUUCAGCUGAAUCACGACUUAAUGAAAUGUUAGCAUCAAUGAAUAAUUUAAGAUCGGAGAAAAUUAAAUUAGAAAAUGAUUAUGCAAAUAAUCGAGAUAGUGAAAUGUUACAAUUAAAACAACAAUUAGAUGAUUUAUCAAAAAAUAAGGAAAGAUUAGAACAUGAAUGUGAUUCACUACGUAACGAAUUAGCGCGUUUAAAUCAAAAACCAAAAGUUCUAGAACCAACUACUGAAAUUUCAAGUGCUUCUGCUCUUCGCGAACAGGCCCUUAUAGCUGAAAUCAUUCGUUUACGUCGGGAUUUAAAUCGUUUACAAGAAGCUUCAGAAUCAAGAAUUCGAUGUUUGAAAAACAGACUACAAGCAAUUAGUGAGGAAGCAUUUAAACGACAUACAUUAGAAUUGAAAGUAUCACAAUUGCAUACUGCUGCAUUAAAGUAUGCAAAUGAAUUUGACCAAUUUACAUCAUCAAACAAACCACAUAAUUAUAUUAGUGAGGACAAAACAAAAUGUAAGGAGGCCCAUCUAUUCCCUCUACCACCAAUAGCAUUGCCAAUAUCGAAUAAAUUUCCUCAUCAAAAUACAAUCGAAUUAGGAAAUUCAUUGAGGUCAACACUAUCUUCGAUUGUACGCACUAAUUAGUUCAUCUUUAUACUUAUUUAUAUAAAUUUAUAUUCUACUUAUAUUAUAUUAGAGUAGUAUAACUUUAUUUGCUGAUUUUGGGUGGCGAUUGUAUAUCCAAUUGAACUGACAGUACUUUUUGUGUAAAAAGCCAAAUCAUUUCAAUAAAUCAAUAAUUUAAAGUA